AUGUCUGAAUACAUGAAGCUAACUUUUCGUACAGACUCUCCAGUCCCGUUAAAACUGCAUGAAAAUGAUGAUGAAGAUAAAGAGUUCUUAUGCUCAGCAUUAACAUCACCCUCGACGUCAUCAAUAUCAUCUUCAUGUAAACGUAUAUGUCUUAUUUAUGCUAUUCUAUUAUUUAUUUUAAUAGUUGUUAUCCCAUUAAUAUUAAAAAUGACAUUGUAUGGUGAACCGAGUUUUUAUUCACUCUUCCCUAUCUACUCAAUCCUUUUUUCGUGUACAACAAUAUUUGAAGUGAUCAAACGUCUUCGUGCAUUACAAAAUGAAAUUAAUACGGACAAUCUAUCAGAUGAAUAUUUUGCUUAG